AUGGCCUUUACGCUCGCAUGUCGAAGGUCGACACCGCGACUAUUGACGUCUAUUGGGCCAGCGUAUAGCACCAGCAUCGUUCAAGCCGCACCUCGGAGGCACUUUUUUAAUUUCUUCCGUCGUUCGAAAAAAAAAACUGGCCAUGUCCCGCCCCCCGACCCAAUACCCAUCCUGACAGAGGAUAACCUCUUUCACCCGUUUUCCAAGUCGCCUAUUCCUGCAGUACGCGCCAGAGGAGAGGUCAUCCAAUCAAUGUCCCCGUGUCCUGUCUGCUCCUCCCAGGACCGCGAUACGCACGUACAUAUCGAGGCCCAGCCGAAAACGGUCCAGUUCGAAUGUCCGGACUGUGGCUGGCCUACUCACUGUUCAGAAGAGCAUUGGAAGGAAGACAAGGAGCAUGAAAAAUAUUGCUCGCGGCUUCGGGAGGCAAAUGAGGACGAGCAUGAUCUACGUAGUGGGCGGAAGAUGUGGGAGUUUGAGAUGCCCGGACCCCAGGGAUACGAGGAAGCCGUGUCGUUUUCCAAUUGGGACAUUUUCUGGUACACGCGAGGUUUUCCGUCCAUGGACACUGAACGCUCCCGACGACAUGCUAGUAAAUUGUUAAGUUAUCCUAUGACUAUUGGGAGUGUUCUGCAUCAGCAUAGCAGUCUCAUGUUGAACAAUCAGCGAUUAACGCCAGAGGGAAGUCGGUCAAUGGCCGCAAUUCGGUCUACUCUUCAUACACCUACUGGAGCACCCGAGACGCAAGAAGCGACAGUAGGAAAGCCCCAAGUCCGUAUCUUCAUUCUGGGGGCGCGUGCAGAGUCUUCACUUCCGCCUCACGUCUGGGAACAACUAGGAUUCUUAUUCCCUGCCGCCAACUUCCAACUGCUAUUUAUCGGUCCCCAGGUUUCUCUCCCCAAGGACAUCCAAAAUCCUCCUAAUCCGAAAUCUGAGGAGAGCGCUCCAGCUUCUGAGACUUACACGCCUUCUGACGCGAAAUCAGAGGAUGCUACACCAUCCUCUGAGGCUUCUACACGAGCCCAGGGGACUCCCAGGAGGUGGCCGAGCAAGGAAGAAGAGAAACCGCUAUAUGUUCCCAACAUAUACCAGCCUCCGGUCCCUGCGCCCAUAGUUCCUCAUAAACGUACGCGUGCAUCUCUAAAUCGCUAUAAUGUCCCUUCCUACACGACACCAUACACGUACCAAAUGACUCUUACCGGCCUACAGACCAACUACAAGGACGUACAUCCUCUGUUCGAAGAGACGCUAGAUCCUUACAGUGACUGCUUCUUCUUCUUCUCCCCGGGAUUCGGUUUCCCAUCCCAAACAUCCAUGGACGAAAAUGGCGAGCCGCUUCUACAGAUCUCCUCUCCGACAGAAUGGGGGCCUGUCCUACCGAUGCUCCUCGCCUCGAAAUGCCCGAUUUUCGUCACCGGUUUCUCACCUGCAGAUGUGGAACGCGAUAUAAAGUCGCUUUCGACGGCGCCAGGCGUGGCAGGCGAGUUCGACGAGAAAUGGGAGGUUGCAGACUUCGAUCCCCGAGUCAUGGUGAAGACGAAUUGGGGCAUAUGGGCAAUCCGAGGCAAGAGUAGGGAUAUUCAAGAAAGGAGUUUCUUCAGUAGACUGUUCGAAAAGUAG